AAGGAAGCUCAUGCUUGCGGUGAGAUCCACAACCACAACCACAACAGAAACAUUGUUGCAUUGGAUUCAUUGAACCAAAUUAAAUGCGGUCCUUCUAAUUACUGUCACUGCACUCAGACUCGAAUCAAAUGUCAGGGGUGGAAGAAGGGGUUAUUGAAGUCGAGAACUCUGAAGACGAGAGAAGAAGGUCCAGAAUUGGAAGCUUAAAAAAGAAGGCGAUAAAUGCGUCUUCCAGAUUCACGCAUUCGCUUAAGAAAAGAGGGAAGAGGAAAAUAGACUUCAGAGUUCCCAUUGAGGAUGUGAGAGAUGCAAAAGAGGAAUCAGCGGUGCAAGAAUUGCGUCAGAGACUCCUUCAAAGAGGCUCCAUGCCUCCCAGGCAUGAUGAUUAUCAUGCAUUGCUAAGGUUUCUUAAAGCAAGGGACUUUAACGUUGAGAAGACAAUUCAGAUGUGGGAAGAUAUGCUUAUUUGGAGAAGAGAGUAUAGCACCGACACUAUCCUUCAGGAUUUUGAAUUUGAAGAGCUGGAAGAAGUAUUGCAGUAUUACCCUCAAGGGUAUCAUGGAGUUGAUAAGGAAGGUAGGCCAGUUUACAUUGAGAGGCUUGGGAAAGCUCAUCCCAGCCGCUUGAUGCGCAUCACCACAAUAGAACGAUAUCUAAAAUACCAUGUCCAGGAGUUUGAAAGGGCUUUGCAGGAGAAAUUUCCGGCAUGUUCCAUUGCAGCAAAGAGACGGAUUUCUUCAACCACGACAAUAUUGGAUGUACAGGGGUUGGGAAUAAAAAAUUUCUCACCUACUGCUGCAAAUCUCUUGUCUGCCAUCACAAAAAUAGAUAACAAUUACUAUCCUGAGACAUUACAUCGAAUGUAUAUCAUCAAUGCUGGUCCUGGCUUUAAGAAGAUGCUUUGGCCUGCUGCACAGAAGUUUCUUGAUGUCAGAACUAUUGCAAAAAUCCAGGUUCUUGAACCCAAGUCUUUAUGUAAAUUACUGGAUAUCAUUGACUCUAGUCAGCUGCCAGACUUUUUGGGUGGCUCAUGUACAUGUCCAGGAGAAGGUGGAUGUCUCAGGUCUAGCAUAGGUCCAUGGAAUGUUCCUGAUAUCAUGAAGCUGGUUCAUAAUGUGGAGGCAACUUUUGUGAGACAAAUCACCAGAAUGUCCAAUGAACAGCAGAAUUUAGACUCUUUUUGGAUACACCCACAGAAGGGACAUUGCAUGGAUACAUCAGCAGAAUCUGGGUCAGAUGUUGAUGAUUCUUUCUCGCCCAUUGAACAAAGUAGAUUCACUUAUCCACGUUUAGCCCCAGUUCAUGAGGAAGUCAGAGUAUCAGAUAACUACUACAGUUGUGAUGAUAGUGCUUUUGUGUCUGAGAAAGUGCUCAAAAGUGAUGAAUUUCACAUUACUCAGGAACAGUCACUACAAAAUUGUGAUGUGAACAUUGCUUCUAUGGAAAAUUUGGAAGGCAAUUCAGUCAGCAAUUGGUUCAGUUUUGUUAUGGAAAAAGUGAAGAAAACAAGUUUCUUAUGUAUGUCAACCGCGCUAAUAUAUUUUUUGGAAAGACUAGUAAUGUUCUUCAGCAGUUUAAGAUUAGAAUUGAGAACACAGAACAAUAUCUACCCAUCUAUGGCCAUGCAACACACCAAUAACCAGACAGUAGCUGGUGAAACACUUUCUGAGCGGGAUCAUAUUCUUCCAUGUAUACAACAACGUCUUCAGAGACUAGAAAAUGCAUUUGAGGAACUUAGCCACAAACCUGGUGGUAUACCUUUGGAGAAGGAGGAAAUGCUUAUGAAUUCCUUGGAUAGGAUUAAAUCUAUUGAGUUUGACCUUGAAAAGACCAAGAGGGUGCUAAAUGCUACGGUGAAGAAGCAGCUUGAGAUUGCAGAGAUGCUGAAGAAUUUGCGGGCAUCGAAGCAUCGACAAAGCAAGCUGUUCUGUUGAAAGAUUGAAGUUUCAGCGACAAGCAGGAGUUGUUAGUACCUAAGAAGAUUACUUUAACAGAUAGAAGAAUUAGGGCAAGGUAACAAAUUGGACUCAGAAGAUUGAAGCUCGAAUUACACAAUUCAAGUUUCUGUAGCACAUCCACAGAGAGAAAUGAGGAUGGGAUAGCCGACUGUUAUAUAUAUAUAUACAGUGUAGUUUUUGGACCAAAUCUCGUCUUAUUUUCAUAGUAUAUAUAGCUGACAAAAUUUGUAGCAUGGCAUGGAAGAGAUGCUCUUCUUUUCAGUGGUAGACACAGUAGGGAGGACAUUAUCAAUUUAACCCGCCAACACUGAACUAAAGUAAAGUCUUUUAGGAAGGUGUUUUU